GUAAACACUUUUCUAGCGCGCCUCUUGAAGCCAAGCCACGAAUUUGGCCGAUGAAUUAACAUGACCAGUGCUGAUUUUUUUUCUUUUUUCUUUUUUGUUUCUGCAGCUGCGAUUCGAUCCAAUUUUGAUUACAUUUGUUGUGUCGGUGUAGAUGUGUGCAAUGUCAUACGCUAUUUUUCUUUCUGGACACCCUCAUACGCCAUUUUUCAGUUUUAUUCGCAAAAGAAAAAAAAAGCCAUUUUCAGUUUGCUAUUCGUUUUCCACCUUAAAAAAAUCUUUGCUAUUCUUUUUUUUGGGGGGGGUUAGUUUUCAGUUUGCUAUACUACAACGUGUGAAGUAUAGCUAGUUUAUUGCACCAUCGGCCGGGGUACGUUUCUCUUUUUCCUUUUUUUGCGGGCGCGUCCGAUCCGAUCGAUGAACCGUGUCUAUCUUUUUCUGGGAAGCCUACGUGUCUAUCUAAUCGAUCCAUCUAGGUUAAUCUUAUCUUUUCUCCUUAUCUGUUUCUUUCAUCACCGGUCUCUCUCUCUCUCUCUACUCUACUCUAUAUAAAUACUUAGUACACGUGAGCCUUGCUAGUAGAUUCAAUCUCCACUUGUUCCAUCAACGGCACCCUCUUCACCUCCUUUGUUCUUAGAACGCAUAGUGUCAUGGCUGGCGGCGGCGGCCUCGCCAAAUCGGAUGGCGACAAGAACUACCCCGGAAACAUGACGGUGUUUGUCUUCCUCGCCUGUCUCGUGGCCUCAUCUGGUGGCCUCAUCUUCGGCUACGACAUCGGCAUCUCCGGUGGAGUCACGUCCAUGGAUCCGUUCUUGAUCCGCUUCUUUCCGUCGGUGCACGCCAAGGAGCAGGAGGUGGUGGACACGAACCAGUACUGCAAGUUCGACAGCGUGCUGCUCACCCUCUUCACCUCGUCGCUCUACCUCGCGGCCCUCGUCGCCUCCCUCUUCGCGUCCGUCAUCACCCGGAAGCUCGGCCGCAGGGCCACCAUGCUCGGCGGCGGCGUCGUCUUUCUCGUCGGCGCCAUCCUCAACGGCUUCGCCAUGAACAUCGCCAUGCUCAUCAUCGGCCGGAUCCUCCUCGGCAUCGGCGUCGGCUUCAGCAACCAGGCUGUCCCACUAUACCUAUCUGAGAUGGCGCCGGCCAAGAUGCGCGGCAUGCUCAACAUCAGCUUCCAGCUCAUGAUCACCGUGGGGAUCCUCGCCGCCAACCUCAUCAACUACUUCACCGCAAAGAUCUCCGGCGGCUGGGGCUGGCGCAUCAGCCUGGGCCUCGCCGCCGUGCCCGCCGUCAUCAUGGCCGGCGGCUCCCUCUUCCUCCCCGACACGCCCAACUCCCUUGUUGCCCGCGGCAAGGAGGAGGAGGCACGCGCCAUGCUCCGACGCAUCCGGGGCACCCACGACAUCGGCCUCGAGUACGACGACCUCGUGGCCGCCAGCGAGGCCUCCAGGGCCAUCGAGAACCCGUGGAAGACUCUCCUCGAGCGCCGGUACCGGCCACAGCUAGCCAUGGCCAUCCUCAUCCCCACGCUGCAGCAGCUCACCGGCAUCAACGUCGUCAUGUUCUACGCCCCAGUGCUGUUCAAGACCAUCGGCUUCGGUGGCACGGCCUCGCUCAUGUCCUCCGUCAUCAGCGGCGGGGUCAACAUGCUCGCCACCUUCGUCUCCAUCGCCACGGUUGACCGGCUUGGCCGCCGCAAGCUCCUCCUCGAAGGCGGCUGCCAGAUGAUCCUUGCCCAGCUUGUCCUUGGGACGCUCAUCUGGAUCAAGUUUGGCACCGACGGCGUGGCCACCAUCUCGCGGUCCUACGCCAUCGGCGUCGUGUUCUGCAUCUGCGUCUUCGUGUCGGCGUUCGCGUGGUCGUGGGGCCCGCUGGGGUGGCUGGUGCCGAGCGAGAUCUUCCCGCUGGAGAUCCGGUCGGCGGCGCAGAGCAUGGUGGUGGUGUGCAACAUGGCCUUCACCUUCAUCAUCGCGCAGAUCUUCCUCAUGAUGCUCUGCCGCCUCAAGUUCGGCCUCUUCUACUUCUUCGGCGCCUGCGAGCUCCUCAUGACCGCCUUCGUCUACUUCUUCCUCCCGGAGACCAAGGGCAUCCCCAUCGAGGAGAUGGACCGGAUCUGGGCCACGCACUGGUACUGGAAGCGCUUCGUCGAGGGCAAUGGCGGACGCCGCAAGGUCCAGUUGACGUCGUCAUCCAACGCUGUAUGACCAUCAUCGAUCGACUGGCUUGAUCCGUCAUAGUUAUGAUUGAUCUCCUUAUUUAGCUAGCUAGAGACUGUUUAUCAUAGAGUUUGUUGAUUAGUUUUGAGAAAACGUGGUUAAUUACAUGGAUUAAUGUUGAUGUGUAGCAGGAAUUAAACGACUCAACAAUGUACUGCUGCUGUGCUGAUCCACGAGUUUCACGUUGAGAUUGAAUAGUAU